AUGGGGCACUCGCAGUUCGUGACGACGAUGGUGGUCUAUUCGACCGUGGUCAACCCCGGCCUCAACUGGAUUCGGGCGCCCGGGCGCUUCUCCCGCACGAUGGCAAUCUUCUACUCGAUCGGAUUCCUCGUCGCGCUCGCGAGCAUCUCGAUCGGGCUCGAGAUCGCUAACAACCCACCCAACUUUUACGCGAUGCUCGACGUCUCGCGCGAUUGCUCGUUCAACGAUAUCAAGAAAGCGUACCGGACGCGCUCUGUGGAGCUGCACCCGGACAAGAACCCGUCGCCGACGGCCGCCGACGACUUCAACCGCCUCCGCAUCGCGUACGACGUCUUGAGCGACUCGGAGAAGCGCGACGUGUACGAUUUUUACGGCGAAGCGACUGCUCUCUCAAAAGAGCCGCUCACGGACGUCAGCCGUAUCACGAGCCUCCUCUCGUACUACAUUGUGUGGGGCAUCUUGACGUACGUCAUGACGCUCGGCGACGUCUCGGACGUGCGCGCGUGGAGCUACUCGGGCUGCCUGCUCAUGUUUGUCGCCGAGAUCAAUAUUACGCUCGCCAAGGGUGGCUUGUCCCCGCGCUUCUUUCCCCAAAUCACCGUGUACGAGCUCGUGCAGUUUAUGCACUUGCUCUACCCGCCGUUCAUGAACGGGUGCCGGUCCAUGGGCGCUUUCUUCGUGCGCAACAUCCUCCAAGAAAACUACGAUCUGAGCAUGGAGCUUCUCAAGAGCAACAAGAUGAUCAUGAUGGGCAUGCGCCAGCUGCAAGGUGAACUCCAAGGUGUCGGCCACGUGCGCCGUGCCAAGACCGACAAGCGCGAUCCCGCCGACGCGGCCUCGAACGCCCCGACGCCUCAAGAGCAGGAGCUCAUCCAGCCCGCGCCAGUUGUCCAGCCCUGGGGCGGCCUCCCGAUCCCUGGCUUUGUUUACGCAGUGGGCUUUUACAUGGUCAUGAACUACAUCUUUGGGUAA